GUGGACCAAGUGAUCGGAGAUCGAAGACCCUCUUUAGCUAAUGACCGUAACAAUCUACCUCUCGUUCAGGCUGCGAUUUUAGAAGCGCUCAGGGUAGAAAAAAACAUGGUCCCCAUGGCAGUACCUCACGUUGCCCUCCACGGUAGAACGCUACAGAGUCAGUCCACGUGGAUCCCAAAUGUUGGGAAGACCCCACUGUCUUUAAUCCGUACCGCCAUACUGACGCAGAAGGUAACCUGGUCACAAACCAAGGUAAUUUUUGUCCAGUUUGCGCUGGUGAAUCUGGCUAAAAUUGAGCUGUUUCUGUUCGUGUCGUGGCUGAUUCACAACUUUACUUUCAUUGCAGCGGAAGGGCAUACUCCAAAAGUAAAGGCAGUCUUUGUCCAGUUUCCUGUUUGUUUUAAGAUUCGUGCUAUCAAACGAUGGUGA